GCCCGCCCCCGAACCGAGUCUAGGCGCUGCAGAUGACGCAGUCCGGUGAAGAUGGCUCCCUUUCCAGAAGAGGUGGAUGUUUUUACCGGCCCACACUGGCGGAUGAAGCAGCUAGUGGGACUGUACUGCGAGAAGCUGUCAAAAACUAACUUCUCCAACAACAAUGAUUUCCGCUCCUUCCUCAAGUCUCUGUGCGCGACCUUCAAGGAGUUCAAGAUGCACGAGCAGAUUGAGAAUGAGUACAUCAUUGGCCAGCUGCAACAACGUUGCUGCACAGUUUAUAACGUGCACUCUGAUGACAAACUGUCAGAGAUGCUGUCCCUGUUUGAAAAGGGGCUGCACAAUGUCAAGAAUGAAUGUGAGCAGCUUAACUAUGCUCGUCAGCUGAAGGAGAGACUUGAGGCGUUCACGCAGGACUUCCUGCCCCACAUGAAGGAAGAGGAGGAGGUGUUUCAGCCGAUGCUCAUGGAGUACUUCACCUACGAGGAGCUGAAAGACAUCAAGAAAAAGGUGAUAGCCCAGCACCACAGCCAACAGCACGGGGACUGUGCUGCCGGUGUGCUGAAGGGAUUCCGUCUGUGGUCGCAGGCUGAGGAGCUGCAGAAAGCCUUUAAAUAUUCGGAUCAUGAGAAGACAGACUACGACCUGGAGAAGAAGCAGAAUAUGUCAACCAACAUCUCACACCUUCCUGCAGAAAUAAUGCUGAGGUUGUUCCAUUAUUUGGGCCCUAAGGAUCUGUGUCGCUGCAGUCAGGUGUGCAGUUUGUGGUGGCAGCUGGCCAAGACCGGCUCUUUGUGGAGGCACCUUUACCCUGUUCGCUGGGCCCGAGGCGAUCAUUAUAAUGGCCCUCCUGGGGAUCUGGAUCAGGAGCCAGAUGAAGAGUGGGUGAGGAGUCGAGAGAAUGAGGGUCGAGCUUAUCAGAAGUGGGACGAGGACGCUGAUAUUGACGAGUCAGAUGUUUCGGGUCACACAGAGGGCUCGCUUGCUAUCAAUAUGGUGCAGAGAGAGAAGAAGCUCCUGAAUGGGAUCAUCCAGAACCUCCUCCCUGCUGUGGGUCCGUCAGUCAAAUCCAUUAUUCUGGCCUACAGUUCAACAGUCUCAAGCAAAAUGGUCCGUCAGAUGGUCAGCCUCUGCCCCAACAUCACUCAUCUGGAUCUGACUCAAACUGAUGUGACAGACUCUGUGUUUGACAGCUGGUCAUUCCUGGGAGCUUGUCGUUCUCUGGAGCACCUGGAUUUGUCGGGAUGCGAGAAGAUCACCGAUCUCACCCUGAAGAAGCUGUCUACCGGGUUAGGGGAACUCCCCUCCUCCUCCUCCUCCUGCUCUGACAAAACCUCACAGUUGAAAAGUUUCACCGCGCACAUCGAUGAGCGAAACCUGCACGCGUUGGAGCGAAAGAAGCAGGCCAUCGUUUUCAAGUACGGGACUCGGCGCUGGGGGGGGCCCUGCAUCCCAACGCCGGUGUGGGUUGUGGAGACCUCCGACCUGGCCGAUAUUGAGGACGCUGCAGCGUGGAGCCGGCGGGGCGGGAUGCCCCUCCCUGAAAGCUUCGUAGAGACGCAGCUGAUGGGCGGCUCUUGCUGUUGCAGGACGAGCAGAAGGCAAGGCCACCGGAUGGGGUCGGACGCCUCAUAUUUGCAUCAGCAGUACGCCAUGUCGGGGGAAAUAUUCUGCGGUCACUCCACCUGCUGCUCAGGUGACAUCGCCCUCAGGACGUUUACAGUGCGCGAAAGCGUGUCGGGCUGCGGCAGGAACGCCACUGCAGGAUCUCGGACUAAAUGCCCUCCACUGGGAGGACUGCAGUGUCUGCAGCCUGAAAACAGGACUGACUGCUCACCCGCUAAACGGGCGCUGAAAUUUCUCAGUCUCUCUGGAUGUUACCAAAUCACCGACCUGGGCUUGAGGACUUUGUCCCAGCAUGGAGGGCUUCCCGUCAUGGAGCAUCUCAACUUGUCUGGUUGUCUCUCCAUCACUGAGGUGGGGCUGCAGGAGCUGGUCUCAGCCUGCCCAUCCCUCAAUGAUGAGCACUUCUAUUACUGCGACAACAUUAACGGUCCUCACGCCGACACCGCCAGCGGCUGCCAGAACCUGCAGUGUGGUUUCAGAGCCUGCUGUCGCUCCGGAGAGUGACCCGUGCCAGCUGGUCUCCAAAAGAACGAAGAAGCAGAGAAAGUCACUUCUCCUUACUCUUGCACUUUAUCCUGGGAAUACCAUUUGCUGUAUUUUGUGUCACUUCAAAAUGUUUCUUGAUGAAACUGUAAUGUUGCUCCUUCUGUUUGUCUACAUGCUAAGUGGAAAUAAUCCCCAAAAGAGGGAGAUUCUUACAGGGUGAUGGUAGAAAAAGACAUUCUAGUGUCUUUGGAAAAAAAAAAAAACCUGAACACAGCGAGUGUUUCCUGUAGUUGAACCACUGUUUGUGUCACAAAAACUAGCCUUUUACAUGAACCUGCUUUACUUCUUUAAUCAGCGUAGUUCCCCUGACUAUAGGAUCAGAGCGACGCCCCAAAAUGCCUAUUUGACUGAUCGGGGUAUUUAAGGUCAAGGUGAUACUUUCAAUAGAUAAUGUUCCCAAAUAGUGCCGACGAUGAGCUGAUCUUUGUUCAGUGACUUGUCCUCCGUAAAUUGCUUUAUUUACAAAAGAGGAACUUUCCAUUUUUCCAACUUUUGCUUUUCCGUGCACUCCAAAGGGGAAUAAAACGCUCCGAUGGAGGCCCAACCCUCUCGAUGAUGACAUACAGGGGGAACUUUCAUCUUACGGUGGAUGAGCGCUUCUGCUUUAUCGUUAUGCAGCUGUCGUUUUUUUUCUUUUGUUCUGAAGUUUUGCAUGAAACUUAAAAUUAAAGAUUUCCACUCCGCA